AUGCCAAAAAGAACACAUACUAGGGAUGUUUCAGAGGAAGAUGUGGGCCUGAUUCCAACAACAGCUGAAGACCGUCUUACUAACAUCUUAAUAGACAAAUUGAUUAAAAGGCGUCUAGUGUUGCCUUCAGCUUCUGUUGCAAAUGCUAAUACAACGGUUUUAGGUCCAUCUUCUAGAGCAUUGAAUAGCCCAUUACCUACAGGUGCUGCUACUAUCCCGACAACUUCAGUUGCUGCUUCCAUCCCUAUCACAACCUCUAUUACAGAUUCCACCAAAGUGCAAGUAUGUUCAGCUACAACCUUUGUAACUGCUUCCAUUACCAGCGAUUCCGUGCCAACCACAGCUACAACUGCAUGUCCAAGUGUAUUGUCCUUUGAUGCGACACAACUGUUCCCAUUAGCAGCUGCCAAUUUAAAUGAUGGAGUUCAUAUCUCCAUUCACGUUGCGGAAAAAAUGAAACAAGAUAUUUGGAGUAAUCGUUUUAUUGAUAUGUCUGCUCUGCUGCCAGGUACUUCAAAAAGUCACCUGUCCAUUGACGACAGUCCAAGCACUUACCUUGUGGAACAAUAUUCAUCCAGAAUUGUGGCUUCAGGCAGCCACUAUCCAUGGCACAAAAAUGUCGCCAGUAAAUAA